ACGCCCUCACUGCUGUCAACCUUGCGUCCUCGCUGUCUCGAUCAGAGACAAGCGCAACAUGUAACGAAGUCUGGAGUCGAAGCUUCAUCCAAUAUGAGCUCAUCGACUGUAUCGCCCCAAACAACAUACUCCACCACCAUGCGCGCAUCGGGGAAUUUCGACAAGAGUGUGGAGGAGAUGAAGCCCAGCAAGAGUGACAUCAACUGGUUAAUCAUGGACUACCUCGUCUCGGAAGGCUACCCCGGUGCCGCGGAGAAAUUCGCUCAAGAGACCAAUCUGUGUCCGGCGGCAACAGUCGAAACCAUCCGGGAGCGUGUCAAAAUCCGCACAGCUAUCCAUGCCGGAAAGGUGGAAGAGGCCAUUGAAUUGAUCAACGACGCGGACGCUGAAAUCCUCGACAACGACUCGCUCCUGCACUUUCAACUCCUCCAACUGCAGCUCAUCGAGAUUAUUCGUGGUAUCCUCGCCAAUAAUCCUUCGUCUCAGAAUAUUCCGGCGCAGGACUUCCUGCCCGCCAUCCAAUUCGCCACCGAACAGCUCUCUCCACGUGCGCCGACAGACGUCAACUAUCAGCGCGCACUCGAGAACACGAUGGCGCUCAUGAUCUUCCAACCGGAGAAGAUGCCGCAGGAGUUUAGGGAGCUGCUCGACGUCCGACUGCGCGAGAAGGUGGCAACCGAUGUCAACAAAGCCAUCCUCUCGGCCCGUGGGGAGCGCGCGGAGGCAAAGAUCAAGCAACUCAUACGGGCGAGAGCCUGGGCGGAGGUGCAGGCGCGCGAAGCAAAGGCAGACCUGCCCGCUCAUAUCCCCAUCGGACUGGACGUGGCGGAUGAGAUGAACGGAGAUGCCGUGAUGACAUAGUGCUGGGCCUACGGCAGCACACGGGACUUUGAAAUUAGCGUAGGCGUCGGAGGCGCAAAGAUGCUUCGUUGCAUAGUUGCAAUUCUUUCCUGAGGUAUUCGUGUAUCA